GCGGGGGCGGCUCCGGGGCCUGAGCGGGCGCCGCCACCGCCACAGCCGCGGGGGCCUGGCCGGAGGAGGCGGAGGAGGUUGCAGCCGCCGGAGACCUUCUCGACGCCCCCAAAUCCGGCCGGGAAGAUGAUUGAGGAAAGUGGGAACAAGCGGAAGACCAUGGCAGAGAAGAGGCAGCUGUUCAUAGAAAUGCGUGCUCAGAAUUUUGAUGUCAUACGACUAUCAACUUACAGAACAGCUUGCAAAUUACGAUUUGUACAAAAGCGAUGCAACCUCCAUCUCGUUGAUAUCUGGAACAUGAUUGAAGCCUUCCGAGACAAUGGCCUUAAUACACUGGACCAUAGCACUGAGAUCAGUGUGUCCCGCCUCGAGACCGUCAUCUCAUCCAUCUACUACCAGCUGAACAAGCGCCUUCCUUCCACUCACCAGAUCAGCGUGGAGCAGUCCAUCAGCCUCCUUCUCAACUUCAUGAUUGCUGCGUAUGACAGUGAGGGCCGAGGCAAGUUGACGGUAUUUUCAGUUAAAGCUAUGUUAGCAACCAUGUGUGGUGGAAAAAUGCUGGACAAAUUGAGAUAUGUUUUCUCCCAGAUGUCAGAUUCCAAUGGCUUAAUGAUAUUUAGCAAGUUUGACCAGUUUCUGAAGGAAGUUCUGAAGCUCCCAACAGCUGUCUUUGAAGGGCCAUCUUUUGGUUACACAGAGCACUCGGUCCGCACCUGUUUUCCACAGCAGAAAAAGAUAAUGCUAAAUAUGUUUUUAGACACAAUGAUGGCCGAUCCUCCUCCCCAGUGCCUUGUCUGGCUACCUCUCAUGCAUAGGCUUGCCCAUGUGGAGAAUGUCUUCCACCCCGUGGAGUGCUCCUACUGCCGCUGCGAGAGCAUGAUGGGUUUCCGGUAUCGAUGCCAGCAGUGCCACAACUACCAGCUCUGCCAGAGCUGCUUUUGGCGCGGCCAUGCCAGCGGCCCCCACAGCAACCAGCACCAGAUGAAGGAGCACUCCUCCUGGAAAUCCCCUGCAAAGAAGCUGAGCCAUGCAAUUAGUAAAUCUUUGGGGUGUGUACCCACCAGAGAACCCCCGCAUCCUGUUUUUCCUGAGCAACCAGAGAAACCACUUGACCUUGCAAAUAUAGUUCCUCCUCGCCCUCCGAUGAACAUGAAUGACACCAUGGUGAGCCACAUGUCCUCCGGGGCGCCCACGCCCACCAAGAGGUUACAGUAUAGCCAGGAUAUAGCCAGUCACUUGGCUGACGAGCAUGCGCUGAUAGCCUCCUAUGCGGCCCGUCUGCAGCACUGCGCACGUGUCCUGGACAGUCCUAGCCGACUGGACGAGGAGCACCGGCUUAUAGCCCGCUAUGCCGCCCGGCUGGCUGCAGAGGCAGGAAACAUGACCCGUCCUCCCACUGACUUGAGCUUUAACUUUGAUGCCAACAAACAACAAAGACAGCUUAUUGCAGAACUGGAAAAUAAAAACAGAGAGAUCCUGCAGGAGAUUCAGCGUCUCCGUCUGGAGCAUGAGCAGGCGUCCCAGCCCACCCCGGAGAAGGCCCAGCAGAACCCCACGCUGCUGGCCGAGCUGCGGCUCCUGAGGCAGAGGAAAGAUGAACUGGAGCAGAGGAUGUCAGCAUUGCAGGAGAGCAGGCGGGAGCUGAUGGUCCAGCUGGAAGGGCUGAUGAAGCUACUGAAGGAGGAAGAACAAAAACAGGCAGCUCAGGCCACCGGAUCACCGCAUACAUCGCCCACUCACGGAGGCAGCCGCCCCAUGCCCAUGCCCGUGCGCUCCACCUCUGCCGGCUCCACCCCCACCCACUGCCCGCAGGACCCACUGAGCGGAGUUGGCGGGGACAUGCAGGAGGCCUUCGCCCAAGGUACGAGGAGAAACCUCCGCAAUGACCUGCUGGUGGCUGCCGACUCCAUCACCAACACCAUGUCAUCCCUGGUGAAGGAGCUCCACUCAGCAGGGGAAGGUGCAGAGGAAGAAGAAGAGAAGAUGCAGAAUGGGAAGGACAGAGGUUAGCGGAGGAGCCCGGCCAGAGAGGAAGCGCGGGCACAGGGGACGUGGAGCGAGCUGGCACCGACCGACUCAAAGAAGGCGAGGUGUUCUCCCAGAGGCGCAUUCCUGUCCAUCUUUCCGCUGCACACCUGGACCAGGCUUGCAGGCUGCCAGACGUUACCACUUGCCAGGGAGAGGGGAGCCCAGGCCGGUGGGAAGUGGGAGGGACCUCCGGUGCCGCCUCGGGCGCACCCCCCACCCCACCCUCGCACAGUCCUGCAUGAACUAGCAUCUUCAUCACUCUCCUCCGGGCAUGGUCUCAUCUCUGCAACGGGAAUUUACUGGAGGUUGAAAAGAGAAAAGAAACAGCAC